CAACCAGCCUAGGAAAUAUAUACCACCAUUUAAGUUUAGCUACCAAAAAAAAAAUUAUUAGAUCUGGAAUCUUCGUCUGAGAUACACACCUAUGUUUUAGUUUUGUUCAGUACUUGUUCCUUAAAUCUCUUACCGGGAAUUAAGUUUUUAUCGUUAUAAUUAAAAUUAUUAUAUUAAUUAAUAUUUUAUUAAAGAUAUACAAAUAUAUUAUAGAACUAAAUUAAUACGGGACUAUAAAGAGUGAGAAAUUAAUUUUUAAAAAAGGGGUGUGAAUAGUUUAAGGACAUUGUGUUAAAAGUCUAAUAAGAAUUUAUCUAUACAUAUAAAGUUGCUAAUAAGAACGUUUUUAUUGUUAAAGUUUUGCAUCACGUCUCCCUGUUUCCGUCGAAUACUUUGUUUCUUUAAAUUUCCGCAUUGGUUAAAUCAGUCAAAGUGCAAGACAAUCAGAGCCCGUUGUAGGAAAUCAAAAAUCAGAAAUCAAGAAAAUAGUUGAUCCUUAAUUAAUUUUUCUUCAUACUUAAUAAUAUCCUUCGGCGUUGUCGGCGAAAUCUUCCAAUACGCAUCAGUUAAGAAAAUCAGUGAUGAUGACCAACGGAUUAGUGGAAAACUCGCAACAAAACGGACGCGCCGGUUCAAUCGGAAGCGCUCAAGAUGACACAAAGACAAAUCUUAUAGUUAAUUAUUUACCACAGACCAUGACCCAGGAAGAAGUGAAAUCCUUGUUUUCCAGUAUCGGAGAGGUUGAAAGCUGUAAGCUGAUUCGGGACAAAGUAACUGGUCAAAGUCUCGGCUAUGGCUUUGUAAAUUACCAAAGAUCAGAUGAUGCUGAAAAAGCCGUAAGCACAUUCAAUGGACUCCGUUUGCAAAAUAAAACCAUUAAAGUAUCAUUUGCUCGACCAAGUUCAGAUGCUAUAAAAGGUGCUAAUCUAUAUGUGUCUGGUUUAUCGAAGAGCAUGACACAGCAAGACUUAGAAUCAUUAUUUAGCUCGUUUGGUCAAAUCAUUACAUCGAGAAUAUUAUGCGAUAACAUUACUGGUCUAUCAAAAGGCGUUGGUUUUAUACGCUUUGAUCAGCGAUGCGAAGCAGAACGUGCUAUACAGGCAUUGAAUGGAACGACUCCGAAGGGUGCCACCGAAGCAAUUACAGUGAAAUUUGCAAAUAAUCCUAGUAAUAAUAUGAAUAAAGCAUUACCUCCGUUGGCCGCUUACCUGCAGCCACAGCCAAACAGACGUUUUCCUGGCCCAAUUCAUCAUCCCACCGGCCGAUUCAGAUUUUCACCAUUAACUGGUGAUCUCUUGGGCAACACAAUUUUACCAACAAACGCAAUCAACGGAUCCGGUUGGUGUAUAUUUGUUUAUAAUCUAGCACCAGAAACUGAAGAGAACGUCCUGUGGCAGCUCUUCGGACCAUUUGGGGCAGUUCAAAGUGUUAAAGUUAUUAAAGAUUUACAAACAAAUAAAUGCAAAGGAUUUGGCUUCGUCACAAUGACCAACUAUGAUGAAGCAGUCGUAGCAAUACAAUCACUUAACGGUUACACACUAGGCAAUCGAGUACUGCAAGUAAGUUUUAAAACUGCAAACAGUAAAACUAAAACCACUUAAGUCCGAAUCGAAUAAGUUUUUUCUGUUCGAUUUGUUUCUAUUUAUAUAUAUAUAUAUAUAUAAAACAAAAUAAAAUAUUUCUUGUUUAUUAUUUUUUCACAAAAUUUAUUUGAAUAUUCAAAUAAAUUUUGCUUUUUUCCUUUUUUUUUUUAAAUUAUUAUUAUUAAAUUCUUAUAUAAUUAAAUACAAAACAAAAUAAAAACGAAUACUUUAUUAACAAAUAUUAUAUUAUAAAAAAGAAAAAAAAAGUGUAUUUAAAGCCAAACAACAAAACUUAUUUGAUUUCUGUAAAUGUACUAUUUAAUAUAAGGUAUUCGUAAAUAAAUACCUAGUCAUUGUAUAACAAUUCUUCAUAUCGAUUAAAAAAUAAUUGAAAUCCAAGCACUAACGAAAUACAGUAAGAAGAAAAGAGUUAUGUACUAAAAAAAACGAUAUACAAGUCAAUAAGAAUAUAUAGAUAUAGGCAAAUUUAGGGGAGCGAAGCAAUAAUUAUAAGAAAAAAAUAAAACAAAACAAAAGAAAAACAUAAGUCCCGAUAAUGUGAACCCGGUAUGUAGUGAAACAUGUGUCAUACACAAUAAACUAUAAGCAUACAAAAAGUCAAUGAUAGGUAUUUUAUCAUUUGCACAAAACAAUUUUUACAAAACAUUCUUAACAAUUUGCUUUCUUUAUUACAUUCAAAUUUAAAUUUAAAUUUAUACUUAUUAUAUUUAUAUUUAAAUUCAUAUUAAACUAAGUUGGUGUCUUAAAUAAAUCCAUAAAUUAUAUAUCUUCAUAUAUCGAGAGUAUGCUCGAAAAAUUUUAACGGCACAAAAUUAAAAUGGAAACGGAAACGGAAAUGGAAAUGGAAAUAGAAAUAGAAAGCACCACAAAUUUUCUUUAAAAGUUAUAUAAUUAAAAAUAAAAUAUAUUAUUAUAUUAUAUAACAAAACAAAACCCUAACUAAUUUUCUUUAUUAUACAAUUCUAAUAUAAUUAUGUGCGUAAAUGUUGUUUAAACACAUUCUUUAACCAAUAUAUGGUAAUUCUUAUUUAUUACAAUUACAAAGCAAAAACAAAACAAUUAUUACAAGAAAACAAAAACAAAAAUACAAAUUCAUAAAUAUUAUAAUUAUGUAUGUACCUAGUUGUAAUAAUAUAUGGCUAACAAUAUGCGUUUUAUUAUGUGUCGCCAUUUUAUAGAUAUUUUUCAUUGAUUAUAUUAUUAUAAAGGAACUUUGUUGUGCAAUCGCUUGAUUAAAAAAAAAAAACAAAAACAAAAAAAACAACCAAAUAAUUAAAUAACAUUUUUAAAACUCUAACUUACAUUAAACAUUAAUUUUUCUGGUAAUAAAUAUAUUAAUAAUUUAAUCAAUUUUUUAUUUUGUAGUUGUUGCCUAAAUUUAAGUAAUAAUAAAUUUUUAAAAAAAUAUAAUACGCACAUGCUUAUAGCAAAAUUAUUUGAAUUUAAAUUAAAUGAAAUGAGAAAAGUAAAAAUUAUUAAUUAAAAAAUAAAAAACAAAACAAAACAAACAAAAACUACCAAGUAUUUCAUAUUUCGAUGAAAAAAACAACUUUGUCUAAUUUUGGGUUAAUCUUAGUUGGUUUAUCAAUUAGUUAAUAUAUUAAAUAGAAAAGAAAAGAAAAAAAAAAUAAAAAGAAAAACGGUUGCAUUGAACAAUUGUAUUACUAAACAAAAAUUUACUAUUAUAAAAUAAAAAAUAAAAAAAAUGAAUGUAAACUACUUUUAUAAGAGAAAACCCAAAAAUAUGAGACUGGAAAAAAAAUAUAGUUAAAUUAUACUAUUAUUGAGAUAAAUGCUCUUUACGUAUAUGUAUAAAAAAAAUUGAAAUAAAAUUAAAUAAAUAUUAUGUGUACAUGUUUAUGUAUUUUAUUUAUCAAAAACAAAAAUGGUGAUACACCAUGUUAAACAAAAAAAAAAAAAAAAAAGAAUAUAAACAUAACUUUUACAUAAUUUUUUUUUGUUUUUUCAUACAAACUUUUUAAAUGAAGAUAAAUAUGAAAAGAAUACAGAGGAGGAGAUGUAUAAGGAAUUAUCUGGAUGUUUGAAUAAAUAAUUUUUUUUGUAUUAGA